AUGGCGUCUCGGCCGCAGUUUCCCUUCAAGGCUUUAGUGGAGGAGUUAGUUGGUGUUACUUCUUGCGUUCUUGGAAACAUGGCGUCUCGGACCAACUUCGGUCUCAAUGAACUUGAUUUCAUGUUCUCCACUCUCGUCUUCAGAUCGAUUCUCAAUUUUGUUCUUAUGUAUCUAUUAGCACCUACAAUGUCAUCUUCUUCAUCUAGUCUCCCUGUGAUCUUCACGAGUUACCCGCAGAGCCACAUGUUUGAAUUAGGACCUUAUAGUGUUCUCGAUCGGUUAGGGACUUUUGUUUAUAAAGGAACAAUUUUUGCUGCUGUAGGGUUCAUUGCUGGACUCGUUGGGACAACACUUUCCAAUGGGUUGAUUAAGUUGAGGAAGAAGAUGGAUCCAAGCUCUAAGAUGCCAAAUAAGACUCCUCCGACAUUGCUGAAUGCUUUUACUUGGGUGCUUUAUAAGGGUUUGAGUAGUAAUUUUAGGUACCAGACAUUGAAUGGGAUUGAGUUUUUUGUCUCGAAAGGGCUGCCUCUUGUGGCUUUUAAGAGCUCGAUGGUGGUUUUGAGGUGUUUGAAUAAUGUUCUUGGUGGAGUUUCUGUGGUGUUGGCAAGGUUGAUGGGAGCACAAAAAAGUGGAAAUACCGAUGUGAGAUGA